UACGGCGGGGCCACCUCUCCGGGGCUGCCAUCGAAACCAACCGGAGCUUGGCGUGUUUGUUUGUUUGUUUGUUCGGCACCGGUCGGGCCGUGCCCACCGCUGCCCGCGGCCAGCAACAUGACGCGAGGCAUACCCGCAGACUUUUCCCCCCUUCCCCGGAUUUUCCAACCGGACAACUAGUAUUUUCCAGUCUUUACGAUGCCGAAAAGAAAGGCCGCUGCCGCCCUUGCUGGUCCCGCCGGGUCCGGCGAUGAGGAUAUGACGCAGGCGAAUGACUCCGGGAGAGAGCGCCCGACGAAGAAGCAAAGGGGACGGCCGCGAUCCAAAUCGGCUGAGAUGAAGCCGCCAACGCAGGUGACGCGCGAUUCCAGCAUUGCCGCCCCGCAGCCAUCUGAUGCGCCUACAAAGAAGAGUAGCCGAAGGGGCAGGCCCAAGGGCAGCCGAACUUCGGUCCAGGCAACCCAAGAAGUCGCCGAGGAGCAAGCCGAGGUCGAGGAAUCCCAACAGGAAGCAGGCGAGCAGGGGGCCGAAAGCGCACCGGUUUCGAACGGUGAGCUAGAUGGUUCGCAGAGUGUUACGAAGCCCGCAAGGCCCACCAAGUCUACGAAACCCCCACCGACGCGUGGACGAAAGAAUGCCAGCGCAAGAAAUUCAGUUCAAGCCGAUGGCGGAUUUGAGUACACGCCAUCGAAUAGCCGGCAACGGAAAUCCCCGGACAAGCCCGAAGAGCGACCAGAACCGCUGAAAAGACCCGGACGGAAUGCCGAAGUGGAGGAAAACACCCGUGUGCCAGAAGAAGACGGCGCUGCUCCAGACGUUGUAGACGAGACCAUGUUGCAGGACGAGCCGAUAGAAUCCCGGUCGGUGUCGCGGUCUCCCACCAAACGCCGACAAUCUGUAUACAGUUCCCCUUCCAAAUCAAGGCCUGGAGGUGCGGCUGAUGACAAGGCUAACAUCGAGCCCGAGUUGCGCCGUCGGAUUGGGGAAUUGACGAAGAAAUGUGAUACACUAGAGAAUCGGUAUCGGAAUCUGAAAGAAAUCGGGAUUGUCGAGGCGAGCGCCAACAUGGAAAAGCUACGAAAACAAUGCGAGUCCAUGACAAAUGCUUCCAAUAACCUGAUCGCGUCCUUGAAGGCCGAGUUGGAGGCACAGAAAGCGCUUGGCCAGCAAAGCCGAUCGCUUCAAAGGCAGCUGAAGGAACGGGAUGCUGAAGUGGCGAGACUGAAGUCGCAAGCUGCGGAGGCUACGGGGCAGCUCGCCUCUGCGCAGACUGAGGUGAAGGCGCUACAGACCAAACUUGCUGCGGCCCGUAACACGGCUGCAAGCCUUGAGAAUGCCGCCGCCAAGGUGCCGGGAAGUGCAAUCAAGAGUGGUGUGAACCGGGCCAGUGCUGCGGUAACCGCUGAAGCUGCCCAUGCCGCCCAGUUCGCGCAGUUGAAGGAAGAUCUCUACACCGAUCUCACCGGCUUGAUCAUCCGUGACGUCAAGAAGCGACCGUCGGAUAAUCUGUACGAUUGUAUCCAGACCGGUAGCAACGGAACCCUUCAUUUCAAGUUGGUUGUCCCUCACGUAUCAUCGGCCAACUUUGAAUCUGCCGAAUUCCAAUAUAUUCCGCUCUUGGACGAGAACCGCGACCGGGAGCUGGUGGAUGUUCUACCCGAAUACCUGACCGUGGAUAUCACCUUUGUUCGCCAGCAAGCCUCGAAGUUCUAUACGCGCGUGAUCGAUGCGCUGACCAAGCGGCGGAGCACUGCCGCUCUCUGAGUUCGCCGUGGGCGAUGGGGCGGCCAUGUCGGCCCGGCCAUACUUGUACAG